GGACAGAAAAAGGACAACAUUGCCUCUGAAUAGAAUUACUUAUGAGAGCCUGACGGGGGAAGAGCUACAUCAUAAAGAAAAGAAAGCGACAGGCGAAGAGAGGGAGAACAAAUCGGAAUCGGAAAACCAUAUCUCUCUCCUGUCUGCCACCCGUCCCUCCUUCUCUUUCUCUCAUUCUGUCUCUCUUUUUCCUCUGUGCUGUCAUUGCCUUUGUGGAAGAGAGGAGACAGACAAGGAAAGAACCUUGAACUCAGAAGCUGUGAUGGACACCAAGGCAGUGUUUGCGGCCCUGCACAGCGUGUGCGAAGAAAAUAGUACUUUCUUCUCAGGAGGAGCCAAGGGGUCACAGGGUGAUGCAUCGCGGCGGCUGGUGAAUGCCAUGAAGCUGAUCCAGGAGCACGCUCGCAGUCUGGAGCCUGUCAUCUCGGGCUUCGCUGCAGUGUACCAUCAUUUUGACUUUGACCCACACAUACCCGCUAAUGGUUAUCGUUCACUGGUCAAGGUGGUGCGUUGCUGCAUUCUCCACAUCAUCCACAAGGGGCGCUACAUCACCGCCAACCGUCGCAGCAUCUUUUUCCGAGUUGCGCACAAUGCAGGGGAGAUGGAGGCUUACUGCAACGCCCUGUGUCAGCUACGUGCCCUGCUCUACUUGGCUCAGCGCAUGCUACAUGACAACAGCCAUGGCAACCUUUUUUUUCAGGAUGAAAGUGGUCUCAGUGAGAUCUUUGUCCGCGAAUACUCAUCCAUGCACAAGGGGUGCUUCUACGGCCGUUGCCUAGGCUUUCAGUUCACUCCAGCCAUCCGGCCCUGUCUCCAAACCAUCGCAAUCGGCCUUGUGGCCUUUGGAGAAAACUACAGACGCCACCAGUCAGGAAUAGGUGUAGCAGCCAGCUCUUUCUUUAACUCAGGGAAGUAUGCCAUUGACCCAGAGUUGAGAGGGGCAGAAUUUGAGCGCAUCACCCAGAACCUGGACGUUCAUUUCUGGAAGACCUUCUGGAACAUUACUGAGACCGAGGUCCUGUCGAGUCUCGCCAGUAUGACAUCCACUCAAGUUAAGGUCAACCGGGCUCUGUCUGUGCCCCCUGUGUCCUUUGACCUUCCCCUGGCAGCUAACCACAGAGCAUCUGUAACUAUAGCUCCACCAUCAGCACACAUUGGCACUGCUCCGGUUCUGAUGAGGCUCAUCUCUUAUGACCUACGUGAAGGACAGGACAGUGAAACUUUGUUGUCUCUCUCUCGCACUGAGGGAGGUGCAAUCUCUCUGUCACUGGGGCUGAAGGCCAAGCGCCUCCCCUCUUCUCCCUGCUUGCUGAUCCACUUCCAUGGGGGAGGCUUUGUGGCCCAGACCUCCAAGUCACAUGAGCCCUAUCUGAAGAGUUGGUCCCAGGACCUUGGUGUCCCCAUCUUGUCAGUGGACUACUCACUUGCCCCUGAGGCCCCCUUCCCAAGGGCCUUGGAGGAGUGUUUCUAUGCCUACUGCUGGGCUCUGAGAAACCACCACCUACUAGGAUGGACUGGAGAGAAAAUAUGUCUGGCCGGAGACAGUGCGGGAGGCAAUUUGUGUGUGACGACAUCGAUGCGUGCUGCUGCUUUUGGUGUGCGAAUGCCAGAUGGCAUUGUGGCAGCCUACCCGGCUACCCUUCUGACUGCCUACGCUUCGCCCUCCCGUCUGCUAACACUUAUGGAUCCCCUGCUGCCACUCAGUGUGCUCUCCAGGUGUCUCAGUGCCUAUGCAGGCAAUGAGCCACAGACCGAGAAGCAGGUAGAGAAAGUGAGCACACUGAGCCUGGUGAGGAGAGACACGGCACUGCUGCUGCGAGAUUUCCGACAGGGAGCUUCCAACUGGAUCCAAUCUCUGCUGGAUCCAAACAGAGCCUCAGCUCUCCCCAGCACAGCUGCAGAGGCGCCACCCGGAGCCACUGAUGCAGUGAGGAAGAGCAUUUCAGAGGCAUUCAUCUCUUCUCCUCACGCCGACCCCCCUGUACCCUCAGAGCCGUCAGAGUUCCCCACCAGGAAAUUAUCUGUGAAGAGCCAGACUUGCCAGGACUUGGGAUCCCACAGCCGUUCCACUUCGCACAGUGCACCACUGCUCUCUGAGUGCACUCCAGAAGAUGUGAAUUUUUUCCUCUCCAAGAAUGCAGAUCCUUCCAUGUCCAGUGACCUGUCUUCAGUGGCCCUACCACCCCCUGCUGGAGAGGAGGGAUCGGAGCUGGAACACCCCAGGGAGUUUCCCCUGGGGUUCGAGCCACUGCGUUCAGAGCAGUUGGCUGAGAUGAGGGUGCAGACCUCUCCAGUGUUCAAAGAUCCUUUCUGCUCACCUCUUCUGGCCCCUGAUAGCAUGCUGAAAGGGCUGCCACCCGUACAUAUAGUGGCUUGUGCAUUAGAUCCAAUGCUCGAUGACUCUGUGAUGUUUGCCAAGCGUUUGAGGAACAUAGACCAGCCUGUCACUCUAUGUGUGGUGGACGACCUCCCCCAUGGCUUCCUCAGCCUAUCGCAGCUCUCCAGGGAGACGAGGGAGGCUGCCAAUGUCUGCGUAGAGCGAAUACGCGCCGUCUUCACCCAGAAGGACACACCCCCAGAGCCACGCAAGCACCGAAAGCUGGAACGGACCGAUAGGGGUGUGUCGGCCUCUUCUGGGGAAGCUGCUUCUCUCUUCGUUGGCCCCAUUGAGGGAGGGGAGGUAGCUGUUGGGAGAGGGGCUAAAAUUGCUGAUGGGGAAGGCUUAGUUGCUGUGGCAGCCCAGAAUAACACUGACGCUGGUGGUAUUGGGGCUUAAACAAGGUUAGAUAAAAAAGGACUGCCAUUCACUGACGAGUGAAGGGAGAAAGGGUAAAUGAAAGUCAGACAAAUUUAGGCAGUGCAGUGCCUAAAAGGGGGGAGAGAUAAAGCAUCCUAAAAAACAGAAAAGGGGGAAGGGGCAGUCUAGCAGAAUGCCAGGAGAGAGAGAAAUGUAACUUCCUCAGCUUCUCAAUUCUUGCCACUUGUCUGUGCAGCAUCAUGCACCGACACAUAUUUGGCAGACAAAACGAACACACCCACAAAAGAUGCUCAUGUUUUAGAAUAAAAAGGUAAUUUAGCAGCUACGUAGAUCAAAGGCCAGCACUCACCCAAACAUGCAGCACACAGACUUAACAGAGUUGCCUCUAGCCAGCGCAGGCUCGGACAUAAAGCAGCGCACAACAUUCUUCAGACGAGGCCUGAAUGGGAUAUUCAUCUAGGCCAAGGCAGCCAUUUGAAGCCCUAAUCAGAUGGUGGUAGGCGCACUAUAUGCUUCUGUAUAGAGUCAUCCCUAUCAAAAUGGUCACUUGUCCUUACGGGAGCCACUCUAAAUCACACUUAAUAACUCCACAUUGUGUUCUCCAUUACGGCAGUUUGGCAGUCAAUACAGCUCACUUUGUGGAUAGUAACUCUGUUGACUCUCUCCCAAAUAGAAUUACAAAGCUAAAACACAACAGACUGAAAGGCUGGAAACUGGAUGAAUUGAUCUACUUGUUUCUUGAGAUUCUGUUGCAGUCUUUAACAAUAUUAUUAAGCCUAUGCAGUAGUAUUACUUUUGUUAUUUAUAUCUUUUUUUUUUUUUUAGUAUAAUCCCUGAAUCGUGACAAGUUUGUUUGUUGAUUUGUGCACUAUAUUGUUCGUUUUAAUGUAAUCAUAUGCUGUUAAUUCCACAUUUUUGAAAGUGCUCAAUAUUUACCUCCGCCUCUUUAGCCACAGCUGCUCCGACAUCCCUGGAUUUUCCAAUUAAAUUCAUGUCCUACUCUCAGAUAUGCAUACUGAUAGGAUAGAGUAAAUGUAGAAUAUUACACAGGGACACAGUGCCCUAUCUAGAUGCUGCCUGGUGCUUUUUGUAGUGCUGAUAUUACUAAUGCAGACAUUGCAUUUUAUUGAUUGCUAGAGUGAAAUUUGUGGAGAUGCACUGAAAUGCAUUACUUUUUGAACACAAAUGUUUGAAAAUGUUGGUCCCAUCUUUAUAAGGCUUAAAAGAGCCUCAUCAACAAUCAUAGCUCUCAGAUGUCUUAAAGAGGCAAAAUGUUUUUAUUUUUAUUAUUUUAAGACUGGAAAUAGUUUCUCACCCUCCUCCCUCUGUAAAACAGGAUUAAGAGAGAGAAGGGGCAGCAAAAAUCCCAGCACUCAGCUAUCAAUAGAUAACUUACAGUUCACUGCACUGAUUUCAUCACAGGUUGUCCCUGUUCCUUGCCAGUUGUUGUUGGUCAUUACGUCUCUGCACAGUAUGCAGUGUGUCAAACUACUACUUCUCUCAGGGCAGGAGAUUUCCGGCCUGACAACCACAAAUCCCAGGCUUUUAGGUAAAGCUUGAAGUACCUGACCAAGAAAAGAGAUUGCAAAAGUGUUUAGUAAAAGCCACCGAACUUGUAUUUAGCCAGCUAAAAGUGGCUGGCAGACCAGAUUUUUUUGCACCCCACCAUCACAUUUGGGGUUGAUUUUUGGGUUUUCGAUAAUCUGAGAACACUUCUCUGAGCGUGAUGCUACCUAAGCACUUUGAAGUGCACAAAAAUGUCCUACGGAGGGUCAUUCCCUCUCUCAAGUCCAACUAAAUAUAGAUGCCAACAAUGAUGGCACUGUCCUGCCCUUGCCCGGAAACUGGACUGGGGUUGCCAGGUCUGUAGAGAGGGAUGCUGUGUGAUGAAUAGGAUUUAGCUGAAACUCCGCUUGCAAAAUCCUCCCCCACGUAGAAGAGCAGGAUUUUCAGACUCAAAGUUAUGCUAUAGGAUUAGACCAUGCUCAGUUCUGUCAACUCAGAUUACUUACUGCAAUAUUUUUAGUCCGAUUGAUGGAGAGAACCAGGACCGUUUAGAGGAAGAAAGUAAUAGACUCAUUCUCUCUGAGAUGCUGGGCUGAAGUUUGUACUUGCUUUACUUGCUGCUGUUUAUGCUCCCUCUGCACUUUUGCAGUAGUUUGUUUGUCAAUCCGUGAAGUGCAUUUUAAGCUUGAGCUUGAAUACAUGUCACUCUUACUUUUAUCCGUCUUUGCUUGUUGCCUGUAUGUAAGGCUAUAUUGGAGUCUCCAUGUGCACAUUCGCGUGAUCACAUUAGUCUCCAGUGGGUGAGAAACAUGAGCUCACACAUGGGCAUGUCCUCUCUGUUGUGUUGUGUGUGUUCACAUAAAGACAGGAAAAGCUCUUUACAGUCAAGAGACUAUUCAUAGUAUUAGUCAUCUGUUGUUCAGAACGAUCUCUUUGAAGAAAUCAAAACUCUGUGUCACACCAGUUUUUGUUUGUGAUAUACUGAACAUGGACUUCAUCAAUACUGAAAACUCGACCGCCUAUGAAGCCCAGCAGUAUUGAUUGGUCAUUACCACUUCAUUGUAUGAAUUAUCUGAGCGGCGAGAAAAAAGUUGUGUGAAAUGCAUUCACUUGCCGUGUUUUGACCUUCAUAUGGCUCUUACCCUUGAUGACCACUGAUGCAUCAGGCUAAACUGAGUGCAGGUGAUGGACCAGAGAGCCCAUCUGGUGUUUUGGACAGAUGAGUUUGCAGAGAGUGAGUCAGUGUUACCUUUAGUUCUCCCAUCCCUGGCAUUAUUGUGGUUCCACUGAUGUUUAUGUGCUGCCUGCAACUAUGAGCUGAUAUGUUUGAUUCAGUAUUGUUUCAACCGCUGUUGUUUCACAGUGUCUAUGUGUGGAUAAUCCACAGUGCAUCUUUUAUAAUCCCAAAUUGUCCUUGUAAGUAGGAACUAGUUUUAGUGGUUCAGUGUAAUAUUGCUUUUUUUUUUUUUGGUUGUUCAGUUAUCAGGUUGGACAGCAUACCUCUAAAGAUUGCCUCCUCGAAAGCUCCUCUUGCUAGAGAUUUUCUUUGCCCCAAGAGGAUUUCGGUGAAGUGCAAUGCAAAAUGGAACGUUGCUGCAAACAUGAGCUAGUUGGCUCAACCAUCACGUCAGCAUUUACAGUAAAGCUAUGCAGUCACAACACCAGCAUCAUACCAUUUUACAAUUCACAGUCUGUUUAAUGUGGUAAUGUCAUUUUCUGUUGUGCUAUGUGUUUGAACCAACCUCAAGGUUGAACUUCAUAGUUAGCAUACCAACUUAUAUAUCGCAAAACUUGUUUUAAAGUAGAUUUGACAAAAUUCUUUGAAGCUUAAUUAUUUUACAAAUGCAUCAGUGUGUUUGGCUGACCUAAAACACUAAUAAGAAAUGUCUCCCACUGAGAAGUACUCAUUUAAUCAAACAGUUAGAUAUUGUUCAUUUAUGAUUAGUUGUAAGCAGAACCAAAGACUGCGGUCAGAGUCUUGUAACAGGUGUACUGUCCUUGCCGUUUAGUGUUUGUUGUUAACUGGUAUCAUAGAAAAUGCAGGUGCUAGAUAGUGUCAUAACCCUUCUGCCCUCCAUAUGCAAAUUGCUCCGUACUGUAAGAUGCAGUUCUGAUGUAGAAUAUGACUAACCCUAAAAAAAAAAAAA